AUGCCCUGCUUCAAGGGCAUCGCGGUGAGCAUCCAUGCCAACUCGGCGCCUUUGCCCGAGUAUGGUAUGCAGAAGCAAUCGCGCGUGUCUCGCAUAAGCACCUACAUCCCCGUACCCCAGCCCCAGCUCACGGGUGAAGACAAGAAGCCUGAGGCGGCCAAGUUCGCCAUCUCGAUCACACUCCUGACGCCCGGCCUCGCGAUUCCGUACUCGAGCCCCAAGGCGACCCUAGAAAACCCGAACCCCAAACCACAGUUUGUUGGUGGCAUGUUGCCCAAGGCUGGUGGGGAGAGGGGCAAGUACCAGGGCGUCGUGAACCCCUACAUACCCAUGACAAACUCGGAAAACGAAACGAUCGCUGCAUACAUCUACUUUGAUGGCCGACCAAAGGAAGAAGUGGCUACACUGCUGCGACCAGGCGAGGAGACCUGGGUCAAUAGUCGCUGGGUUCAAGUACCAGAUUCCGAGGGCGGCGGUUUGGCGGAACGAGAAUUCUUGUUCCGCGAGGUCGGCCUCGAGCGUUGGCUGAAUGGUCUGGACUUGCAAGGUCACGAUACGGCAGAGAAGGUGGAGAAGCGCCGGCAGAAGUUCGAGAGGCGGUCGAGGAGGCAGGCUGCCAGACUCGAGGGCAACUCUGGUGUCGAUCUUGGACAUGGGAUACUGAAGCGUCGAGAGACUCUUAGAUAUGGCGCCGACGACAAGACCCCCCUCGAAGCCGUGGAUGACGAAUCCGACUCCCUUUCCUCAGACGAUGACGAGCCUCCAGAGGCUACCGGCCAAAUCAAGGUGGCCAUGUUCCGUGUUCUUGCAUCUGGAGAGGUCAAGAAAGGAGAAUACUCGCCCCAAUUCGACGCGCACGAGGGCGACGAGGAAGAUGGGGGCAAAGGCAACGACAUGGGCGCAGACGUUGAGCACACGACAAGCUUUGCGAAGCCCAAAACCCUAGAUCCCAAGACCAUCAGCACACAGACUGUGACAGGCAUUGAUGCACCGGACAAGCCUUUCGCUGUCUUCACGUUCUUCUACCGCGGUGAAAAACAACUGCAAAAGAUCGGCGUCAUGCAGUCGGCCAAGGCUGCGCACGCGACUCCGGGAUCUGCCAAGAGGCGGUCUGCCCAGCUUGACUUCUCGACCCUCGGCCCCCUCAAGUCAGGAGGGACCGUGGGGUUUUCAGCAUUUCGAGACAACAAACCCGACACCGCGCGCAAGUCUCGUAAAAAGAGCAGUGGGGCAAUCACUAUGGAGGACAGCGAGGAAGAAGACGACGACGAUAACAUGCUGAGCAAGAUGGAAGAUGCCGACGACAAGGUAGACGACAAGAAGCUCGGUCCUGAGGAUGCCCAGUCUUCGGGCGAACUGGCGGAAGGCGUCAACCGGAUUCGCGUAAGUGCCACACUCCUACUUGAGAAUCCCAGUGCUAACCCGGCCCAGCUAAAGAGGGCGCACUCCGCCGAUCCUGACAGCAACUCGACUCCGGAGACAUCCCAGCGACCAGAGUGGAACGAUUCGUCAGCAUCGCAAGAGGGCAGCACGACGGCCAACUCGGGACUGAAAAUCGAGAGUGACGUCCCGCCGGACACUUUGAUCGGAAGUCCACUGAAGAGGCAUCGACUGAGCAUGGAUCAGGGGAGCAACAACGAGAAGUUCACCGCAACGCAGAGCAUGAGCGCCGCUCUAGGUGCCGUUUUGGGGAGCUCCAAUGCCCCGGCUCCGGAUGCUACGUCCCCUGCUGCUGCAUCAGGAAAGGACACAUCAACUAAAAUCGAGGAGGAGGAGGAGCUGUGA